UGGGGGUGGUGGUUGGUGAUCGCGUCACCAUGGAAACUGCAACAGUACAGCAAGAUGGCGGCGCAGAGUUGGCGCGACAGUCUGAGGGCGGCGAGAAAAACGGCGGUGGUUCAGGACGGUAAGAGGAAAGUACAUUAUCUCUUUCCAGAUGGCAGUGAAAUGGUAGAAGAGUAUGGAGUCUCCAAUGAUCAACUCUCAGUCAGAAAGUGGAGGCGGAAGAGUCAAUUGGGAUCCCAGGGACAAUGGCAGGUUGAGGUUGGGGAAAUAUCAUCUGGAACAUUCGGAAGCUUGGAGCAGCAGCUGAUACAGGAGAAUAGCAGCAAUCCUAUUUUCACAAGGAAAGACACCAAGACAAGCUUCCAGUGGAGAAUCCGAAAUCUGCCGUACCCCAGAAAAGUCUACAGUGCCACAAUUGACCCAGAGCAGAGAUGUUGCAUUGUGAGAACAUCAAACAAAAAGUAUUACAAGAGGUUUAACAUUCCAGACAUGGAUCGGUGUGGAUUGCCCUUGGAUAGUUCAGCUCUUAGUUUCACACAUGCCAACAAUACCCUCAUCAUCACAUACCAAAAGCCAAGAGAAAUCUUGCAGCAGGAACAGGAAGUUCUGCAGGAGCUGAAGAAGGUGAAGGUGGCUGAAGAUGGAGAUGUCGAAUGUAAAACGCAGUGAACCUGAACACCGUCUAAAAUACUCUAAAUCAAUGCUGCAAAGCUGAAAUACUACUUUAGGAGAUGCUAGUGAUGGCAAAAGGUGUCUGUCUCACGGAUUUGAACGCCAUUGUGGCAUUUAUGCUGCUAUAUGUGAAGCCCUGUGGCCCAAAUUUUGGUAUACUGGAUGACGUAUUGUCAUGAGUGGGGUUGAAAUUAAGUCACAAACUAAAUGGGAAAAGCAGAAUGUUACUGGUUUUUGAGAGGUGUAAAGUUCAGUCCUGAAAUAUACAGUUGAUAUUUAA